AUGCCCGCAGCUCUAGCCCCAAUGCCAGCCGUCAAUGGGGACGAGAUCAAUAAUAAAGUCAAGGCCAAGCUUGCCGAGAAGAAGGCAGCCAAGAAAAAGACACGAAAGCAGGCCAAGAAGCAGCAAAAACGAGAAGGAAGCGUUGUGUCGGGCAGAGAAGGAAGUGUCAUAUCGCAUAGCAGUGGUUUCAAUGGAGAUGCUACUGAUACUGAUAACGACGACGCUGAUGCAAGUGAGGUCGAGAUUGAAUAUGUAACUGAAGCUCCAUUAGGAGUUGCUGAAGAUUCUACUGGUGAACUCGCUGGCAUACUCGAACGAUUUGCUGCCAGACUUACAAGAGGCGAUGAUAUUGAAGAGAAGCCAGAAGACACACCCGAAGAAGCUGAAAAGAAGGCUGCUGAAGAAGCUAUUGCACGUAAAUUGUUAGAAGAUAAUGAUGAUGAGGACAAGUCAGACGAUGAUGAGGCGGAUGAAGAAAAGAGAGCCAAGAAGGCAAAUAGAAUGUCGGUUGCUGAAUUGAAACAGGUCGUCAAGAAGCCUGAAGUCGUUGAGUGGGUGGACAUCACAGCAACAGAUCCAAUCACCCUCGUCCACCUCAAAUCAUAUCGGAAUACAGUGCCAGUUCCUAUUCACUGGCAGCAGAAACGUAAAUAUCUACAAGGAAAGCGUGGUAUUGAGAAACCACCAUUUGAAUUGCCAGACUUUAUCAAAGCUACGGGCAUUAUGGAGAUGAGAUCAGCAGUCAAGGACAAGGAAGAUGCUACCAAACUUAAAAGUAAAACUCGAGAAAGGCAUGCUCCAAAGAUGGGCAAGCUCAGCAUAGACUACCAGAAACUUCACGAUGCCUUCUUCCGACUGCAAACCAAACCCAGGUUUACCAUUCAUGGUGAUCUGUAUUAUGAAGGCAAAGAGUUUGAAACAAAACCGAAACUGACAAAGCCAGGGGUCUUGUCUGAAGACUUAAAACAGGCUCUUGGUAUACCACCGUUAGCACCACCUCCAUGGCUUAUAAAUAUGCAACGAUACGGGCCACCACCGUCAUAUCCCAGUCUAAAGAUAUCCGGGUUGAAUGCACCUAUACCCGCAGGUGCUCAAUGGGGUUACCAUCCAGGAGGAUGGGGAAAACCACCAGUAGACGAAUACAAUCGACCGUUAUAUGGUGAUGUCUUUGGAGUGACUCAGGUUCCAGUCGCUCAUGAACAUGUAGCACCCAUCGAACGAGCACUAUGGGGUGAAAUGGAAGAAGAAGAGUAUGAAGAGGAAGAGGAAGUGGCUGCUGAUGAAGAGGAAGAGGAGGAAGAAGAGGGUGUCAAGGAAGAAGGAUUGGCUACUCCUGUCAUUGAAGCAGGUCUUGUUACUCCCAGUGGUCUUGCAUCGUCUGUACCUAGUGGUUUGGAAACUCCUGAAUUUAUUGAGCUACGUAAAGACAGAAGGACGAUGGAUGAACAACCAAAGUCUCUAUAUACCGUCAUUCCGGAACGAGCAACCAACAUAUCUGGAUUUAUGGGCUCAGAGCGUGUAUAUGAUAUAUCAGCUGCACAGGCACAAGCUGCUGCUGUAGCUUCAACGUCCAUGCCAGACCAACUUCCCAGAAAGCGCAAAGGAUUCUCGUCUACUCCAUCUGGUGUUGAAGUAGCACUCAAUCCAGAAGACAUGAUGACUGAAAAUGGUGUUUUGGACUCUGAGCUACUCAAGAAGCGAUAUGAAGAAACACUAGAAGAACGAGCUGCAGCCAAUCCAAAAGAAGACUUCUCAGAUCUUGUAGCUGAACAUGCUCAAAAACAGAGCAAGAAACGCAAGACAGAUACUGGUGGAUCAAAGAAGGGCAAGGAGAAGGAGUUCAAGUUUUAG